ACAACACGUACCCGCAAAACACGCUCUACGCCAAACCCUUACAACCAACCAAUAAAAAUCCCAAUAUAACCACACGAGAAAGAUAAAACCACCCGUUUCUCUUUCCAUGUCUAUUUUUCCAAACCAAUUCUCUUCAAUGGAAAAAUCGUCUCGAAAAACCGAUCGUCCUGAUAAGGCCAUGACCGAGUCAGAGUUGGCCGCGGCGCAGCAGCUGAUGCAGCUUAGCGACGAAGAUAACAACAAUAACAGCAGCAGCAGCAGCAGCAGCAGCAGCAACAAGAACACCAAGCACGAGGGUGAGGAGGUUGAUCAGAGCCCGUUGAUCAAUGUGAUCACUUGGGCAAAGAUUGAAGAGAUUUUUGGGAAAGAAGAAGAUGUUGAUCGGCCCAAGAAGCGAAGAUACCGGUCUCUUGCGAGUAUUUAUCUGACGAGCAAACCAGUGAAUGCAGGAUCAGCACAUGGGAAGAAGAAGAAAUCGAAUGUUCCAGAAGGCCGGUGUUCAAAUUUGUGUAUGGUUUGUUUAGUUGAGAUUCUUAGGCUUUCGUCAAACUUGGUUCAUGAUAUGUUCAGCAAACCAACACCGAUGUAUUCCCCUGAUGUGCCUUGA